AUGGGUUUCAGUCUCAACAACCCGCUGCCCUCGUCCAUGAGGAGCGAGUGCAGGAAAACGGGCAAGAUUCUGGCGUCGUUUGUCGACCCGCGACAGUCGUUCGGACCGGACAAGAUCAUCCCGCCGUCUGUCCUUGCCAAUGCAAAGGGCCUCGCCAUCCUUACGGUUUUCAAAGCCGGCUUCCUCGGCACCGCGCGAUUCGGCUCCGGUGUCGUCGUUGCACGCCUCGCGGACGGAUCAUGGUCGGCGCCCUCGGCCAUCGGCACAAUUGGCGGCGGCUUCGGCGGACAGAUUGGCUUCGAGCUGACCGACUUUGUCUUUAUCUUGAACGACGCCUCAGCAGUGCGCACGUUCGCCCAGGCCGGUUCGCUGACGCUGGGCGGCAACGUCUCCAUUGCCGCAGGUCCCGUCGGUCGCAAUGCGGAAGCCGCCGGAGUCGCGAGUCUGAAGGGCGUGGCAGGCGUCUUCAGCUACAGCAAGACGAAGGGGCUGUUCGCGGGUGUCAGUCUGGAAGGCAGUGGUCUGAUCGAGAGGCGAGACGCAAAUGAGAAGCUGUACGGGCGGAGAUGGACCGCCCGAGAGCUUCUGAGCGGCCAGGUUCCCCCACCACCGGCCGCCGAACCGCUUCUGCGCGUGCUCAACUCGCGAAUCUUCUCUGGCGUCGGCGGCGCGGCGGCAGCAGACGACAGAAUGUACAAUGACAUUCCCGUCUACGACGACUCGCACGACAAUGUCGUCUGGCAGGGCCGCCGCGGCUCCGCCAUGGGCGAGGGCGUGCGACGGGACCGCACCGGCUCGCUUGGUCAGGGCAGCCAAGCUGGUGCCGACGAGUACGAAUACCGCGACCGCCCUCAGCGCUCGUCGACGUGGGCGGAUGAUGUGUACGACCGGCAGCCCAACACCGGAGGCGGCCUCGACCGCUCCUUCUCCACGCGCGCGAAUCCCACCGAGACGUUUGACACCAUGCAGAGCCGCAGCCGUUCGUCGACGUUCGGCGAUGACUAUGCGUACAGCGACCGCGCGAAGCCUGGGAGACCGUCGGCACCGAAGCCCGUGUUUGGACAGAAGAAGGCCACCCUAGGCGCUGACCAGGCAAUUGCAAAGUUCACAUUCGACCCAGACCAGCCUGGUGAUCUCGGCUUCAAGAAGGGCGAAGUCAUCACGAUCCUGAAAAGAACAGACAACGAGACAGAUUGGUGGACUGGACGAGUGGGUGACAGGGAGGGCAUUUUCCCAAGCAACUACGUCGAGACGGUAUAA